CGAAGAUGGGAGCUGUUAUGGUUUAAAGCAGGUUUCAUUAAAAGCAUAACCUGCGACAUUUCGGAGCUCUGUUAUGACAUCGUCUUCAUUUGUUCCAGGUGGGAGGCAGGUGGUGUGAACAGAGAGCAACAUGUACUCGGAGUGGCGCUCGCUGCAGUUGGUGGUGCAAAGUGACCAGGGCCACCUCAGUGUUCUGCACACCUAUCCUCCCACUGUGGGCACGGAGGUGGCAAAUGCUGUGGUCAAACCUCUGGGCACGGCUGUAAGCCCUGUCGCCACGGAGAACAUCCUCAAAACAGACAAAGAGGUAAAGUGGACCAUGGAGGUGCUUUGUUAUGGCCUGACUCUACCUUUGGAGGGGGACACCGUCAAACUGUGUGUGGAUGUGUACACAGACUGGAUGAUGGCCCUGGUGUCACCAAGGGACUCGAUGCCACAGCCUGUGGUGAAGGAGCCCAAUAUGUACAUCCAGACCAUUCUCAAACACCUCUAUAAUGUCUUCGUGCCAAGGCCCGAACAACAUAGUCUGAAUCACAUCAGGCUUUGCCAGCAGGUUCUGACCGCAGUCCAGAAGCUGGCACGAGAAUCUGUUUCCAUGGUGAGGGAAACCUGGGAGGUGCUGCUGCUCUUCCUGCUUCAUAUCAACGACACAUUGCUCGCGCCACCGUCAGUCGGCGUGGGGGUCGCAGAGAAACUGGCAGAGAAAUUGAUGGCAGUGCUGUUUGAGGUGUGGCUGCUUGCUUGUGCACGCUGCUUUCCCACGCCGCCAUAUUGGAAGACUGCAAGAGAAAUGCUGUCCAAUUGGAGACAUCACCCUCCUGUUAUAGAGCAAUGGAGCAGAGUUGCCUGUGCACUAACUUCAAGACUUCUGCGCUUCACUCACGGCCCACCCUUCCCACCUUUUAAAGUUCCCGACGAGGACGCCAACUUGAUUCCUUUAGAGAUGGACAACGAUUGUGUGGCACAGACGUGGUAUCGCUUUCUCCACAUGAUCGGCAAUCCAGUAGACCUGAGCAACCCAGUGAUAGUGAGCACCACUCCAAAGUUUCAGGAACAGUUUCUGAACUCCAGUGGAAUUCCACACGAAGUCGUAUUACAUCCAUGUUUAAAACAGCUACCCCAGAUCUUCUUCAGGGCCAUGAAGGGCAUUAGCUGCCUAGUGGACGCUUUCCUGGGUGUGUCUGUUGAAAAGAGAGAUGUGCGCGAGAGGGUGUUCUCUUUUUGCCCAGUGUUCCUCUCUCAUGGUAUAUCCCGUCCCAGAGCUGACAGCGCCCCGCCCACCCCGGUAAACAGAAUGAGCAUGUCCCCGCCGCCCUCCAUCGCCAAUACUACUCCCCCUCACAGCCGCAAGCAACGCCAUGUUCAUGCUGUGGUCACUAAAACGGCAAGCAAAAGUUCAACUAGCAGUAGUAGUCAACCAACCAAAGCCUCCCAGCAGCAACAGCAGCAGCCAACGUCCUCUCCAACCCUAGUUUCCAGCCCCAACCAGAGUAGCUUGGAGUCCCGGCCGCUGCCAGCCCCAGCACGGCCAAAGGUCAACAGCAUCCUCAACCUGUUCGGUCAGUGGCUUUUCGACGCUGCUCUGGUCCACUGUAAACUCCACAGCGGCCUCAGCCGAGACCCCAGCAUGACCGCGAUCGCCACUCAGGUGGGUUUGGAGCUGAGAAGGAAGGGCUCCCAAAUGUCCACUGACUCCAUGGUGCCCAACCCGCUGUUUGAUAUCAACGAGUUCCCCGAGAGCUACGAGGCAGGGCGUGCUGAGGCCUGCGGGACGCUCUCUCGCAUUUUCUGUAGCAAAAAAACUGGAGAGGAAAUUCUUCCCGUCUACCUCUCCAGGUUCUACAUGAUUCUGAUUCAGGGUCUCCAGAUUUCUGAUUUCAUCUGUAGACCAGUCCUGGCUUCUAUCAUUCUCAACUCUUCCUCUCUCUUCUGUACUGACCUAAAAGGCAUCAACGUUGUAGUGCCCUAUUUCAUAGCUGCUUUGGAGACAAUUGUGCCAGACAGGGAGUUGUCUAAAUUCAAGAUGUAUGUAAAUCCUACCGACUUGAGGAGAGCUUCCAUUAACAUUCUUCUUGCCAUGCUGCCGCUGCCGCAUCACUUUGGCAACAUCAAAUCAGAGGUUCUGUUGGAGGGGAAGUUUAACGAGGAGGAUGGGUGGCCUCAUGACCAGCCUGUGUCUUUCCUGUCGCUGAGACUACGUCUCGUCAAUGUCCUCAUAGGAGCCCUGCAGACUGAGACCGACCCCACCAACACACAACUCAUCCUGGGUGCAAUGUUGAAUAUUGUCCAAGACUCAGCACUGUUGGAGUCCAUAGGAGCACAGACUGAAACGGGCAGUGUAGACGGGAGUCAUGUGACACUGAGGGGUCAAAGUCAUAGUCGCACCAACAGUGGCGUCAGCUUCACCAGUGGAGGCAACGUAGAGGCCACCAGUCCAGAUUCUGAGCGCCCUGCACAGGCACUGCUCAGAGAUUAUGAUACUGCUGCAGGUCUGCUGGUGCGCAGCAUCCACCUCGUCACCCAGAGGCUCAAUUGCCAGUGGAGACAAGACAUGAGCAUUUCGCUCGCUGCCCUGGAGCUGCUAGCUGGACUUGCCAAGGUUAAGGUGGGAGUGGAUUCUGCAGACCGUAAACGUGCCGUCAGCUCCAUUUGUGGCUAUAUUGUGUACCAGUGUAGCCGUCCAGCUCCUCUUCAAUCAAGAGACCUUCACUCCAUGAUCGUGGCUGCCUUCCAGUUCCUCUGUGUGUGGCUCACAGAGCACCCUGACAUGCUGGAUGAGAAGGAUUGUUUGAUGGAAGUGUUGGAAAUAGUGGAACUAGGAAUCUCUGGCAGUAAAUCUCGUCAAGAACAGGAAGUUCGUCAUAAAGGAGAGAAGGAGCACAACCCCGCUUCCAUGAGGGUGAAGGACGCUGCCGAAGCUACUUUAUCCUGCAUCAUGCAGGUGUUGGGGUCUUUCCCUUCUCCCAGUGGACCAGCAUCCACCUGCAGUCUGCUGAAUGAAGACACCUUGAUUCGCUAUGCCAGGCUAAGUGCCACCGGAGUCAACAAUUUCCGCUACUUCGUUCUGGACAACUCUGUUAUCCUUGCAAUGCUGGAGCAACCGCUUGGCAAUGAGCAGAACCCCAGUCCAUCGGUGACGGUUUUGAUUCGGGGGACAGCUGGACGACAUGCCUGGACAAUGCAGCUCUUCCAUCAACCCAGAGGAGCUCGGGCCAAUCAAAGGAUGUUUGUUCCUGAGGGCCGACCGACACCCAGAAACGAUGUGGGCAUCAAGUACAACGUCAAACAAAGACCUUUCCCUGAAGAGGUCGAUAAGAUCCCUCUUGUCAAAGCUGAUGUCAGCAUCCCUGACCUGGAUGAUAUAGUCAGUAGAGAGCUGGAAAUUCAACACGACAAGCUUCGUGCUCUGAUGACCAAGCAGAUAGAGUACGAGAACUCUUUGGAGCGACGCAGUGAGGAUAUCAUGAAGUCCAAGCCUUUCCCCGACCCACAGACGGACUGCAAACCCCCUCCACCCUCACAGGAGUUCCAGACAGCGCGCCUCUUCCUCUCACAGUUUGGCUUUCUGUCUCUGGAGGCACUGAAGGAACCGAGCAACAGUCGUCUUCCUCCUCAUCUUAUUGGUUUGGAUUCAUCUUUGCCUGGAUUUUUUGAGGACAUCAGCUACCUGGACUUGCUUCCCUGUCGACCGUUUGACACUGUUUUUAUUUUCUACGUGAGGGCUGGACAGAAAAGCAGCUCUGAGAUUUUGAGGAACGUAGAGUCAUCAGCUACUGUCCAGCCCCACUUUUUGGAGUUCUUGUUGUCUUUGGGCUGGGCUGUUGAUGUGGGACGCCACCCUGGGUGGACUGGACACCUUGACACCAGCUGGUCCCUGAACUCCUGCUUCGACACCAGCGAUGUACAACAAGCAGAAGACGCAGCUACCCCUGAGGACACGGGUGGUUCAGUGUUCAACGGAGAGAAGAAGGUUUUAUACUAUGCUGAUGCUCUGUCUGAGAUAGCCUUUGUUGUUCCCUCUCUAACAGAAAAUUCAGAGGAGUCAUCGGUGCACAGUGACUCCACCGUUGAGGCAGACACCACCACAGAUCUCAUGCCUGGUAUACUUCGACAACACAAUCUCACACUGGAACUUUUCCCUAACCAUUCCGAGAACCUGGAGUCGGCCAAGAAGCUGAGUCCUUUGGUGAAGGCAAAGAGGUCAUCGACUGGAAAGCCUUACCCCCAGUUGGGUCCUGAAACCAAGGUGUUUGUAGUCUGGGUGGAACGCUUUGAUGAUAUUGAGAACUUCCCGUCAUCGGAUCUUUUGGCGGAAACCAGUACGGGUUUAGAGGCUAGCCUGAGCAAUAGCAAUUCGUGCAGGUCAGGGUUACUCGAAAAGGACGUUCCUCUGAUCUUCAUUCACCCUCUGAAGACGGGACUUUUCAGGAUUCGGUUGCACGGAGCUGUAGGCAAAUUUGGCAUGGUGAUUCCUCUUGUGGACGGAAUGGUUGUCAGCCGCCGAGCUCUAGGAUUUCUUGUGCGUGAAACUGUCAUCAACGUGUGCAGACGGAAGCGCCUGGAAAGUGACUUGUACAACCCUCCUCAUGUGAGGCGAAAACACAAAAUAACAGAGAUUAUCCAGCGUUACCGCAACAAGCAGCUGGAGCCCGAGUUUUACACCUCUCUCUUCCACGAGGUCGGGGAUGGAAAGCCUCACCUCUAACCCCCUCCCCUCCAUCCUGUCCUAACACUGGCUCACGAGCGCACGCACACCACACACACUCAUUCUAAACUUGGAUACCAUUUUCGACUGUGCGUGCACACAUACACACACAGAGUCUUUAUAUUUAUACUGUACUAUUUUGGUAUUUAUAUGAAUACAUAUAUCAACACUGUUUGCCUUUGACUCUGAGAUCAAAGUGUCAAGAACCAUGCCAAGGUAAAAACCAUCGUUUCUGUACUGCAGCUGCAUUUUGGAGGUCUGAAUGGCUGAAGUUUAGCAGUGACUGUCUCCUUGUUUAGGUUCAUGCUUUGUGGCAGGAGGAGUUUUUGCUCAUCUUUAAAUGCAAUACAUUAGUAACACUGUUGGCCUUUUGACCUUUUAAAGAGGUUGUUCUGUAA